ACAUCCGAUGUGAGAGAAACUGCUUCCCCUAUUUGACCCUAAUUCAUUCGCCCCCAUUUCUUCCCCAACUCAAACUAAUUGCUUCCUCUUCUCCCCUGUUCUCAAUCAAUAUCAAUUCAAUUCAAUUCAAUCAUGGGGUUUUUGAAAGAUGAAAGAAGCAACAGAGCUUUAAGAGGAUUCAAAACCUUAUUCUUUUUGGUCACCAUGAUUAUAUCCUUUCUGUUCUUCUCUGCUCCGAUACUCUUCGCCGUCGCCGAUGCUCUGCUUCCCUCAGCUCUCUUAUCCGCCUCCCUAACGCCGUCAGACUCGCCGUUAUCCUUCCUCCAAACCCUAAAUUCCCAUUUAAGUAACUACGAUUUUCGCUACUCCUUAAUCGAUAUCCCCAUAAUUUCCAUAAUCCGAUCAGCCAUAAUCCUCUGUGUGUACGGGCUGUGUGAUGGUCCGGGGUUAUCAAGGGGGCCGUAUUUGGGAAUUACGACGGUUUGUUCGGUGGUUUCGUUGUUGUUUGUGUCGGUUAAGGCGUCGUAUGUGUUCGGCGGUGGUAGCGAUGGGUUUACGGCGGCGGAGGUGGCGUUGUUUGUGUGUUCGCUGGUGUUGGCUGUCGGACAUAUCUUGGUGGCGUACCGGACUAGCUGUCGAGAACGACGGAAGCUUCUUGUUUACAAAAUCGACAUUGAAGCUGUGUCCACAUUCAAGAAUGGGUUUCCAAGGUACUCAAAGAUUCUUCAAGAUGAAAGAAUCAAAGUGAAACUGCAAAACUAAACUAUUCACAUCUCAUCCUCAUAAUCUUUUCAAUGGCAGGCCCCAUAUGCACAUAUCAAGUUUCAGGUUUUCCGAAGGAGAACCGUAAUUUGAUGGCCGUAUGUGAAGAGAUGACCAAGAUAUAGAUCGUUUAUAAACGAUGAAGUUUGCGUACAUAUAUGUAAACUAUGAGUUGUAUUGUGUUUCGAUCUUAUAGAAGUGGGGAUAAGUAUCGGGUUUGAGAUCUGUCUUCCACGAAAAAAAAAAGAAACAUGUAUAGAUUUUUUUUUUUUUUUGCGUAUUUACUAGAGAAUGAAAGAAGUAUUUACACACAUUUUUGUCAAGCAUACGAGUUUCUAAGUUUCUACAAACUUUAGGCGAAUUCAAGAAUGUCUAAUGAGGAAUAUAAGUACCGGGUUUGAGAUGUUGUC